AUGGUCACCAUACAGCGCUGCCAGGGCAAGUACCUGUACAUUGCGAACGUUCUGGACCCCUACACUCACAUACACCUCUGCACGGGGGUGCUGCUGGAUAGCGACCAGGUAGCCAUACCAGCGCAAUGCGUCCUCAAGGAAGCCGCCAAUGAGCCCGGCUCGCCAGUCUACUUUCCGAUCGUGAGAAUGGGGAGCAAGAACUUGAACAAGCAUGAAGAAGCCGGGGAAGAGGAGGUGCUGGAGGUGAGCCAAAUCGCCGUGCACUCAGGCUUCGACGGCGACGCGACCCACGGCUUCGACCUGGCUCUCCUCACCCUGAGUCGGCCCUCCGCAGUGCCACCCAUGGAAAGCAUCGUUCCGGCGGACGGCUGCAGGGACGGGCUGAGCCUCCUGGGCUGGCUGGCGCCCUCGGUCCAGGGGGCCCCGUCCGUCAACCUGACCGCGGUCCCGCGCAUGGCGUACAAGAAGCCGGAGGAGUGCGACGCGGCGGCGGGCGGCAUGCCGCCCAACGCAACCUGCGCGGCCUCACCCAUCGCCCAGGCCCUCUCAU